CACAAUUUUCAUUUCCCAAAAUGACAGAAAACAAACAUGAACUUGCUAUGGUGGUACCACUUGCGAUCACCAUUUCAAUAGUGAUGUUGGGUGUUCUAUGGUACAAGUUGACACUUUCGUCCUCCUCGCGGUCGCCACCAUUACCACCGGGUCCUCGUUCAUUGCCGAUUGUAGGGUACCUUCCAUUUCUUGGUCGUGAUCUACACAACGAGUUUACUAACAUGGCCCACACUUAUGGACCCAUCUUUAAAUUCUAUCUAGGAAGCAAGCUUCAUGUGGUGAUAAACACCCCAGAGCUAGCAAAGGAGGUGGUUCGUGACCAAGAUGAGACUUUUGCUAAUCGCGAUCUUACAGUUGCGGCCUCGAUUAUAGCCUACGAAGGACAAGAUUUGAUAUUCUCCAAGAAUAAUGCAACUUGGCGCAACCUUCGUAAGAUCUUUGUCCACGAGGUCUUAAGCAACAAGAAUCUUAAAGCAUGUAGUUCUUUCCGGAGGGAUGAAGUUAGAAAAACUAUCAAGAACGUUUUUAGUAAGAUCGGGACCAAUGUUGACAUCCGUGAAAUUGCUUUCUUGACUGAAUCCAAUGUCAUAACAAGAAUGAUUUGGGAUAAUGUAUCAUACAUAGACGAAAAGGGUUUCAAUCUCGGAGUCGAGUUACAAACGAUGGCGUCGAACAUCACCAAAAUUUUGGGACAUCCAAAUUUGUCAGAUUUCUUCCCUACUCUUGCUUGGUUUGAUCUACAAGGUGUUGAGAGGAACAUGAAGAAAGAAGUUAAGAAGCGGGGUCAAAUUUUUGAGAGCAUCAUCGAAGAUCGAAUCAAAUCUAAUAACAAAAUGUCACCAGAUGGAAUUCGACAUGAAGAAAAUAAAGACUUUUUACAAAUCCUAUUAGAUCUCAAGGACCAACAAUAUCUUAACAUGACACAAGUAAACGCACUUCUCUCGGACUUUAUGAUUGCAGGAACAGAAACAACGGCCACACUGAUAGAAUGGGCAAUGGCGAAUAUUAUGCGGAAUCAUACAGUUUUGAAAAAGAUUCAAGAAGAAUUGGUUGAAAUUGUUGGACUAAACCACAUGGUUGAAGAAUCACAUCUCCCAAAACUACAAUACUUGGAUGCAACUAUUAAGGAAACAUUUCGGUUGAAUCCUAUAGUUCCUUUUCUAGUCCCAAGGGCGCCGAGCAAGGAUUGUGUGGUGGGUGGAUACAGAAUUCCAAAAGGGUGUAGCAUCUUUUUGAAUGUUAUAUCAAUCCACCGGAAUGCUCAACACUGGGACAAUCCCUUGGACUUCAAUCCUGAGAGGUUCUUGGCUAACAAAGGGAUAAACAAAUGGGAUUACAAUGGAAAUGAUUUAAAGUUCUUCCCAUUUGGAUCGGGAAGAAGAUUGUGCCCAGGUAUUCCAUUGGCUCAGAAAAUGCAAAUGUUUAUCUUGGCUUCGCUCUUGCACUCGUUCGACUGGAGUUUGCCUAAUGGUGAAGAGCAUGACCUUUCUGAAAGUUUUGGUCUUACUUUAACUAAAAGAAAACCACUCAUAGCUAUCCCAUAUCAAAGAUUGCCUGAUGCAAGCCUCUAUAUGUAAUAUUUUAAUACUUGCCCAUAUGGUUAAAACUGUAAUAAGAAAGACUAGAGACAUUGUCUUUCAACACAAGUACAUCUUGUGGUUCAUAGUGUAUUUUUAAGGUAUUGUGUUUUUAAGGAUAUGUUUGGCAUGUGGCUUUUAUGAGUUUUUAGAAGCUUCUAGCUUUAAGCUUUUAAGAUCCUACUCAAUAAAAGUCUUGUUUAGUUGAAGGGGCUUGAAGCUUUUAGGUUAGGAGCUUGAAGCUUUUGGUUGAAUGCUUCUACUAGUAGCGUUUAGAAGGAGCUAC